AGUGACAUUCCUUUGCACAAAUUCCUUAUUUUUUCAUGUAAACAUUGCGUGAAUAUUGUUUAUUCUAAAUAUUCACAUAAAUAUAAUACCAAACUCUUGUCACGUGUAUUAUAGAAGAAUAUCUUGAGUUACUAAUCGUCCGAGAUCAAGAAUUUAAUUGAUAGAAAAUGGUUGGGCCAAUGUUGCUUCUUAAAAUGUUACACUGCAGACGAAUGAAUGGUAGAAAUAGGAGUCCCGGAGAUGAAACAGGCGGCGAAGGUAACUCUAACAACGAGAACUCAACAGAGAGCAGCAUUAAAAAGGAACAAAAUGGUGAUAACACUUGCAGGGUUUGUUUAAAAGAAGGUUGUAUACCUAUUUUUGGGAACGACACGAUAGAAGACAUUUCAGAAUCUGUAAACACAUUUGCUAGCAUAGAAGUAACGUUAGACGAUCCGUAUCCUAAAUAUUUAUGUCAGCCGUGCAAUGAGCUCCUACAAGGCGCGAUAUUAUUUAGGAAAACUGCUCAGCAAUCAGAUCACCUUUUAAAAAAUCCUGUAGAAGCAGAAGAUUUACAUACUAAUGACGACUCUUACGAUUAUGAAGAUGACGACGAUAACUUGUCGGAGUAUGAAGACAGUAAACCUAAAAAACAGAGAUCAUAUCAUUGCAAAAAAUGUGAAAUAUCAUUUGAUACAUUCAAGGAGUAUAGUGACCAUAGACUGACUGAGGAACAUGAGAACAUGAGGCUUGUGUGUCCAGUCUGCAAUAGAUCAUACACAGCCUUAUACUUAAAAAAACACUUAGCCAUACACAAACAGGAGACUCCGUUCAUGUGUGAUAUUUGCGGUAAAAACUUCAAUAUGCAAGGUCCAUUCACUCGACACAGAUUGACACAUUUCUAUAAAUUACCUUUCAAAUGUUCACUCUGUCCUUACAAAGGGAGAUUCCGAGAGUCUCUUAAAAUGCAUAUGCGUACCCACACUGGUGAGAAACCGUACCAAUGUUCACAAUGCCCUUCAAGGUUUAUAAACAAGAGCAAUUUGAACAAACAUAGUAAGACCCAUAAAGGACAACAUGAUUUCAAAUGCGAGUCUUGUGGCCGAGGGUUCUACACUAAACGGGAACUGGAAUUACAUUAUAAAGUGGAUCAUACAGGGAUCAAGGAACAUGUUUGUAAUAUCUGUGGGAAGGCAUUUGGUUAUAGAAAACAAAUGAUGAAACAUCAACUGAAAGUACAUAAAAGAGCCAAACUGAGAAGCGGGAGGAUGCCUUUGUAUUUAAAAGUUGAAACUAUGAAAGAACAAGGCCAAAAUAUUUGUACAGAAAGUUAAGAGAGAGUUCAUUUAUAAUAUGAAUGACCCAUAUAACUAACUACCUUGUGCAAUAUAGCAUUUUCUUACCUUCAACUUAUGAAGAGUGAAAAGUGAGCAAUCUCUUUGUGGCAAUAAUGGAAAACAAGAAGUAUAUAAUAAGUUCAUAACAGAAUAUUCAGUGUAUCUUGCAGAUCUCAAUUAGCAAGCUAUCAAUGUAAAACAGCAAGAUUAUAAAAUGUUUUUAGUAAUUUAAAUUAUUAAAUAAUAAAAAUUAUCUAAUACAAAA